UUUUACAGGUCCUUCUGUUAGGCAGCGAGCGCCGACCUUCUUCCCAGCAGCCCUUGUGUUCUUUCUCAAUCUUCCGCCUUUUUGCAGCCGGGUCCGAGCUCUUGUGUGAGCCGCGCUCCGAGGCGCGUGAGUGGAGUCAACAUGUCUGGGGCUGAAGAAGCAAUCCAUGGAGGCUGUGACAGCCACCCUUCGGCUGGCGGCAAGUCUGUGCUGUGCUUUGGACAGAACCAGUACACGGCAGAAGAGUACCAGGCUAUCCAGAAGGCACUGAGGCAGAGGCUGGGCCCAGAGUACAUUAGCAGCCGCAUAUCCGGAGGGGGCCAGAAGGUGUCUUACAUUGAAGGUCACCGGGUCAUUAGUCUGGCCAAUGAGAUGUUCGGCUAUAAUGGCUGGGCACACUCCAUCACCCAGCAGAAUGUGGAUUUUGUUGACCUCAACAAUGGCAAGUUCUACGUGGGAGUCUGUGCAUUUGUAAGGGUGCAGUUGAAGGAUGGGUCCUAUCAUGAAGAUGUGGGCUAUGGAGUCAGCGAGGGCCUCAAGUCAAAGGCCUUAUCCCUGGAGAAGGCCAGGAAGGAGGCUGUGACAGAUGGGCUCAAACGGGCACUCAGGUGUUUUGGGAAUGCACUUGGAAACUGUAUUCUGGACAAAGACUAUCUGAGGUCCCUAAAUAAGCUUCCACGCCAGUUCCCUCCUGAAGUGGAUUUAACUAACGCAAAGAGGCAAGAUUUUGAACCAUCUGUGGAACAGGCAAGAUAUAACAGCUGCCGGCAGGAUGUAGCGUUGCGACCCCCAAAAUCACAAGAGGCAACUUCCCCUUGUAGACCAAGCCACCCACACAAGGCGGACAUGAGGCUACCGGGGGAUGAGGACAGCCGCUCCGGUAGUCUGACCUCGGCUGUGGGCAGCGAUGCUACUUACCAGCGGAAGCUCCGGCAGAAGCAGCUCCAGCAGCAGUUCCGGGAGCAGAUGGAGAAACGUCUGCACAUUCCCGUACUUGCUUCAGAAGUUGAGACUAAGAGCGAAGCAGAGCAUCCAGCCCAUCCACAGCACAGCACACCCAUAGCUGCUGCUUCAGAACGACCCAGGGAGAAAGCCAUCCUUCCAGAGAACAUUGAGGACAACACUGAAACGUGGGACCUGACUCCAGACUUAGAGGAGAUCAUUAAGCCCUUGUCUAGUCCAGAACCCCCCCAGACCUCUGCCCCCCAAGCCUUCAACAACCAGCUGGUGAUCCAGGACAUUAUCUUACCCAGCCUUAGCCAUCAGAAGCCACAAGAAAAACCUGGACCCUGGCACCUCCAGACUUGGAACAGUAACCAGCAUGCAACAGGAAACUCUGACUCCCAUAGGAAGAAUCAGGACCUAAAGAAAAGGAAACUGGAUCCGUCCUGAGGCUCAAGACAUUGGAUUCUGUCAAAGAGGGACUUUGGAAUGCAGUUUGGUCACCAAAAUUGUUCCCGAGACUUUUACACCUUGGCUCGUGCUGAACCUUACUAGAGGACUGAGGAACCCCACUGCAGAGGAAUUCAGGCACUUUCCCAGCUUGCACCUUGUAAUGGGAGGCCAACAGCUGGGGUGCCUUUUCCUUGACUCUUCCAAGUUUUUCACUGUUGCCUACUCCUAAGCUAUUAUAUUAAGAGCUUUUUAGGAGUCCGCAGGCUGCCUGCCCUUGAGCAGCACAGCCCAUCUUUGUCCUAAGUAUCAGCUUGAUCAGCUGCCUGCAUUAAAUUUAUGUGUAACGUCA